GCCAAAACCCACACUCCUUAAGUGAAACUGAAACUGUACACACGUAAUACUUACCACAAUGCCCGUUCCCGACGCUCGAGCUGGCUCAUCCGGCUCUAUGGGCAAGGGGACGCUGGGCAUGGGCGACACACUUGGGCACAAGUCCGUACUCGACAAGCAGAGGGCGGCCAUCGACAAGUUGCGAGCCCAGAAUGAGCAACUGAAGACGGAACUGCUGCUGGAGAACAAAUUUAGCGUGCGACCUGGUGACCCAUUCGCGCAGGCGUUGAUUAACCGCUUGCAAGAUGAAGGCGACAUGCUUGCACGCAAGAUCGUGUUGGAGAUGCGGAAGAGCAAGAUGUUGGACCAGCAGCUUGGGGAGAUGAUGAGCACACUCACGCACACCCGCAACAACAUGGGUGGCAUUUUCUCGGCCAGGGAGCAGUCCGCUGCGGUGCAGAAACGCAUAAAGCUGCUGGAGAACCGCCUGGAGAAGGCAUACGUCAAGUACAACCAGUCAAUCACGCACAACAAGCAGCUACGUGAGCAGAUUAACAACCUGCGCCGUGAGCGCAUCAUGUUCGAGAGCAUCCACAGCAACCUUGAGCGUGAGCUGGCGAAGCUGAAGCGCGACAUGGCGGACAUGAUUCAGCAGGCGAACGCCGCGUUUGAGGCCCGGGAGAAGGCCAUCUCAGAGAUGAACGCCCUCAAAGCACAGGCGGACAAGGAGCAGCAGGGCUUUGAGGAGGAGUGGAGGCAGCUCACGACAAUCAUCGAGGAGGAUAAGAAGGAGCGGGAGCGCGCCCGGGCCCAGGAGCUGGCCAUGCGCGAGCGCGAGACGCAGGAGCUGCUGCGCAUGGGCACCCUGUCUUCUGCGGAGAAGAAGAAGCGCGUGUCCAAGGGGCAGUGGGGCAUGGGACACAACAAGGCGCUGGCACAGAACGUGGCGGCGGAGAAGGUGGAGAUGUACGGCCAGGCGUUCAAGCGGAUCCAGGAUGCCACCGGCAUCGAGGAGAUCGACCAGCUGGUCAGCACCUUCCUGGCGGCGGAGGACCAGAACUACACGCUGUUCAACUACGUCAACGAGGUCAACCAGGAGAUUGAGAAGCUGGAGGACCAGAUCAACGUCAUGCGCAGUGAAAUCAACAAGUACCGUGAGACCGGUCAGGAGCUGGACCGCACCAAGUCGCGCGAGCUGUCGGAGGGCGAGGCGCGUCUGGCGGCCUGCGAGGCGCAGUCGCAGCUGUACGAGAAGCGCUACGAGAGCGCCAUGUUCAUGACGGCGGCACUGAAGGCGGGCAUUAGCGAGCUGUUCGAGCGCAUCGGCUGCAACACGCCGGCGGUGCGGGACCUGCUGGGCGAGGAGGGGCUGACGGAGGCCAACCUGAUGGCUUACCUGGGCAUCAUCGAGCAGCGGACGAAUGAGAUACUGCAGAUCUACGCCAAGCGCAAGGCGGCUCAGGGCACUGACGGGCUGUCGGAGGCGCUGCUGGCUCAGCCGCUCACGCAGCCGGGCAACCGCAUCAUCAUCGAGCCGCCCUCCACCACUCAGGAGGAGGAGGUGGAGGGUCUGGAGCCGGAGCCGGUGGAGGAGGACCGCCCGCUCACCCGCGAGCACCUGGAGACGCGCGUGCAGCGGACACUGCCGCGCAAGCUGGAGACAGCCAUCAAGGUCCGGCCAGCAGGCGUGGAUGCGGCGGGGGGCAAGCGGGGGUCACCGGCGCGGCGAUGAGGGCGGCGCAGGGGGACACGUGGGGGCUGGGAGUGUGGGUUUGGGGGGAGGUGAAGGGGGAGAGGUGCGAUAUGAAGGGUAAUGGAGCACUGCAAGGUGUGUUAUUGUUCUUAGGUAGGUAGACAAAGGCCGAGGGGCGCUCGAGAGGCGAUGCUAGCGCUGGGAGAUUGUUUGGGGCUUAGGGGGUAGGUUUAGCUCAGUGACUUGGGUCUUGGAGGGCAGAGGGCAGCGCACUAGUAGACAUGACGACAUGGGACGCUAUGCGGUUACAGAUUACCAUGCAUACAUAACGGUUUUGGCCUAAAAUGUCUGGUACCUAGGCAGUAUGUAGUACGAAUAUCAGGUGGGGGAUGCAGCUGGGACUCGGAAGCUGCAGCCCCAGCCCAAAUAUACGCGCAGUCGCAUGCAACGCAACAAUGCCUGCCUGCUUGAGUUGGGAAGGGGUGCAUGGUGUUACUGCAUGCGUGCUUUGGGGCGUGGCUUACCCCUUUUGUAGCAUAUACAUAAGUUGCAUGGACUCCCUGACCUGGUACUUGUUGACAUGACGGGGUGUGACCGUUGUCGCGCUUGCUAACGAAUGGGAAUCCGCUCUGUGCAGUUAAGGGCGUCGGCGCGAGUAAGGGGGGCCUUUCCUGUCCGGCCAUACAUGACGUGAUGACAAUGAUGUGACGCGCACAGCGUGACUACGAAGGGGGUACUUGUGGCUAUGCCGGUAUACGACGUGACGGUGCAUUUCAUGUGUUUUAGCGGGCUAGUUUUCCUGAGGUCCGAUGAUAACGCUGUGUUGGAAAUAACCUAGCCGCGUUGCCUCGUGUUCAUUGACUACGGUACAUGCUCCUGAUGCUCGUACAUGGCACGCAGUGCUCGCUGAUUGAAUGCGUAACUUUGUUUGGAUGCGGAAUUGCGGCUCCCUCUCAACCGAGCCAACCGAGCUGCCACGGAUACCGUCAGGAGCACCGCACCGCACCACUCCUCGCACCAGUAAGGGGC